UGAAAUUCCCCCAAAUUCCGUGACCCGGAUUUGACCUGUUAGUGCUACUGGCAAGAACACGUAGCUAGCUAACAAAGCUCGAAAUGCAACAUCUCAAGGAAAAAGGUCCAUUUCUUCCCCCAGCGUCUCUGCGUCUUUUGGUUCCUCCGCUGCGGCUGGUGUCUGCAGCUCUAUGGCAGGUUGUUCAGCGGAGAGACGUCAUGGACUACGGCUUGGUGGAGGAGUUUGUCGUCACUGUGUUGGACGUAGUCCCAGAUCUGAUGAGUUACAGAGAGAAAGUCCAACUCAUCAUGGGUCUGAGAGCACAGCUGGUUCUGAAGUUGUUGUACUCAGAACACCUCGACUCUGACACCAUCCAGUCACACCUGAAUAGGAUGGAAACCUGUAGCAUCACUCAUAGGGACAACCAGGUGAGUGUCACUCAGAACACCUCGACUCUGACACCAUCCAGUCACACCUGAAUAGGAUGGAAACCUGUAGCAUCACUCAUAGGGACAACCAGAUUUGUGAUCCUGAGGUGGAGGCAUCAGAAUCCAACUUCCUGAAGCUGAUUAAAACGCUGCUGGAAGACCCAGUUGAGAGAGAACGCUUCUUUCAGAACGUUUUUCCAGAGGAAUUCGGCUCAAAGUAUCACUCCGCACUGCAUACUCUGGUGUGGGAGUUCCUCUCCAGACUGGAGAAGCUGCUUCCAACACCGACCCUUCAACAGACUGCAUCUUGGUUUCUACCUGACCCCUCUGUCCUGGAGGAGUGUGGGCAGUCUGUGUGUCACCCUCAACCUUUGAGGACCCUUCUCCAGUACCACACCAACCUUUCUCCAAUCCAACAUGUUGAGGCCAAUGACGACCACAUCCUGUCUCCAUCUCCCCGAGAGUCAUCCACUGACCAAGCUGACCCAGAGAUCCAAUCAGAACCCAUACAGACAUUUAUGACCAUUCAAAGCCCUGCAUCAUAUUGCUGUGAGUCAGAAAUGACACCUUCGCUGGAUUACAGGGAGAGUCAACGAGGGAUGAAUUUAGACCGCACUGCAAAUGGCGACAUUUUCCCCUCGAAUGAAGAGGUGGAGCGUGUCGACAAGGAAACUCUUGACGACGAGAGCGAAAUGGAUCAGGCUUUUCUUCACCUUCAUGUUGACAGUGGGCCGAAAAUCCAACCGGGAGCUCACCGCUUCGAAAAGGAAGCGCAGGACGUUUCUGAUUGGUCUACGUCCUGUCGGCUCCGUCAGCCCACGGUGCUGCUGCACAGACUUGACAUUACUGAUACGCUGUCACCUGUGUCAGAGGUCUUUCCAACGCCGAGCAGAGAGAGGCUUCAGAUUGACAAUGUGGAAACCCAAGGACGGAGAGAAGACCGGGUCGUAUCACAAAAGAGCGAGAGGAAUGUCGAAGUAGAGCCCUCAGAUAGCCGACCUCAGUAUUCUCUGGUCCCUGGCCCAUGCCGUACUAAGGGGCAGCCUAAAAGAAGCAAGCGUGUCAAAAAAUGCUCCUUGUGUGGGAAAACUUUCAGGGAAGCGAAGGAUUUGACAGCACACAUAACAUCUCACACUGAGCAGAGGCCUUACCAGUACUCCACUUUGAAGAAACACAAAAAAGUGUGUUUGAAGACAAAGAAACAUCUCUCUUGCUCUCUGUGCGGAGACACCUUUGAUCUCUCUGAGCCAAACGAGCGUGAGGACGUGAACCCACAGCAACUUCCGAGGGAGGCUCUUCCAGAGGCCGGCGCUGUUUUAGCAGCAGUAGAAAAUUUGACAGAGAUGCCUCAGCCCUCAAACACAACACCCCAAAACCCAACCACCUCCAAUGCUCUGCCCUUUCAGCUAGCUAAUCAUUACAGAAAAUGCCUUUUAUGUAAAGAAGCUUUUGAUAACGGAGAAGACCUGAGAAGACAUCUGAGAUUUCAACAUGGUGUACUUCCUUACCUGUGUUUUAAAUGUGGGGAGAGUUUCCAAAGCACCUCUGAUCAGAAGAAACACUCGGACCAGUGUUCCGGUCAAAACAUUCCAGAGUCCAGGAAGUGUCCCGGUUGCAGGACGAGGACUUCUCAAUGUAGACAACAACAGGAAAUGACAAGUCAGGAAGUGAACCUUAAAAGACACCAGACAGCCUGGCCACUACAUACAGGGGAAAACGAGAUGGAGACCCCACAGUCCAGCAGCACAGACGUCGACUUCUCAAAUGACUCUCGGCAACACCGGCUAAACCAAUCCGUCGAUCCAUCAAAGUUAUUUGUAAGGUGCUUUUUCGAUCAGCGAACUGCUCUUACAGUAAGCCGGUCUAGACCCCGGAGAGAGAACCACUGUGAUGAGACGGACUUUCAGACACAGCAAGACUUUAAUGAGGAAGUGAAUCCAAGCCAAACCCUAAGGGAGGUUGACCCAGCAGGUGGAGGCACAUCUCAGCCUUCAAGGGGGAACGGGAUAGAGACUCCCCAGCCCCACAGUACUGAAUCCCAGAACCCAACAAGCUGUGCCGCUUCCCCCACUCUGCCCCCUGGUGUGAAUUUAGAUUCUAGAACGUGUCACGUCUGUUCCAAGAGUUUUCGUAGGAAACAAUCCCUGAUUUUGCAUCUGAGACGUCACGGUGAGGGGGCCAUUAAGUGUCCCAUAUGUUCAAGGUGCUUUGGUCGCAACAGGGAUUUAAAGUUUCACCUGGCCAACAAAUCAGGUUGUGGGCCAACGCGGCGUAAUCUUACCACCGUAAUCGUUCCCACAAAAGACACGCCGGUCUUCACCUGCCCCGAAUGUCUGCAACAGUUCACAAGCGAAAAGAAACUGAAAUCACACAUGGUAUGUCACACAGGAGAUGGGUUCUCCUGUAGCUUUUGUGGCAAAAUGUUUGCUGGACACAACCAAUUGAAGUUUCAUAUUCGUUGUCAUAGUUACAGGCCUUAUCUAUGUGAUACGUGUGGCAAGGACUUCCCAUCUCAGAGUGCGUUGGAAUCACACGAGCGUGUGCACACAGACGAGCGGGCGUACUCUUGCACAGACUGUGGGAAAACCUUUAAGCGGAAGGGUACGCUGACACAACACCGACUGAUUCAUACAGGGGAGCGGCCAUUCGCGUGUGCUCUCUGUCGAGUUCGCUUUACCACCAAUAAGCAUCUGAAACUGCACAUGAUGUGUCACACGGGGGAGAGGCCUUUUAAAUGUCCGGUUUGUGGGAGGGGCUUUAGACAGAAAGGCGAUUUGAGACAACAUCAAGCUUUGUGUUCCUAGUUGCCUUUGGUGGCUCAAGAGGUUAAGAUAAAAGAGUUCUUACGUUCUUAUUGUGUCUGUCAGUAUUCCGACGUUCUAAUUCCGUCUCACCCUGCGUUCAUAACAUCUGGUAUAUUUGUGAAUUCCAGCAAUCCGACUGUGUGAAGAAUCCACUUGAACGCCUCUCCAACUGGUAACUACUUGUGCGCAAACGUAUCUGUCAUCUCUGAGCUUCCGGCUUCUGCCACAUGCUGAACUCUGACGUCACAAAGGAAAUCACCUUUGAUAACAGCAUUUUUUGGCAGUUAAAUGCAACAACAAAACAUUAUUUAUAAAAAUAAAUGUAAAAAAAUCUAUUCAUGUGUUUUUUGAAAACAAGUUGUUAGUGAGCAGGUUGCUGUACAUUCAGUUUGUGGUUAUAACAGCUUUGCCAUCCAGCCGAUCGGCGUUUUCUAAAUUGGUUCAAAGCAUGUGAAUUUACUCAACUCGUUGCGCCCAGUUUCCCGUUUGUCAUGAAGGCAGCAUAAAGCACGCCCAUAGGAAGUGGCGCAGGUGCAUUCCAUUACGGUUUGGAAUGGAGUCUUCAAUUUACGAUUUUGACGAGGUUAUCAAUUAGUCUAUUAGACCAAUGUCAAUGGGGAUGUUUCGAAAUGCAAUAGACCUUAUACCACCCGUCGCAUAAAUAAGGCGAAUUAAGUACGACAUAAAUGGUUAAAAAAAAUUUGGUCUUUCACAAUUGUCCAUGGCUGUCUUAUUGCAACGAUCCAGAACUUUCUGAGAGUUGAUUAAAUAUUGUCGGGUUAUCUGAUUGGAGGAAUCACUGAAGACUGAAACGCUGAUAAAAUGCUGUUGUAACAGAUCUCUCAGUGGGCAGAUGUUCCAUUGGGUACGUUGUUGGGGAGGAUGAUGCACUGUCCAGUUUCAAGCACACGUGUAGAAGUCUGAAUACUGCGGCUCGUGCCAGUAAAACUCAUAAUUCAGCCAACUCUGAAAAGAGCACUAGUCAUUUUGAUUUGUGAUAUACACUAACCAGAUGUAUUUUGUCGGGAAAUUAGAUUCCUGUUGGGUGGUUCUUAUCAACAGACUAAAACCCUUCUACCUUUUCCACCAAAAAAAACCUGCUUCUUUGAGUUACUUUUGAAUUCUCCAUAUUGAAUGAGGUAAUUUUGAAUUCUCCAUAUUGAAUGAGGUCAUUUUGAAUUCUCCAUAUUGAAUGAGGUAAUUUUGAAUUCUCCAUAUUGAAUGAGGUCAUUUUGAAUUCUCCAUAUUGAAUGAGGUCAUUUUGAAUUCUCCAUAUUGAAUGAGGUCAUUUUGAAUUCUCCAUAUUGAAUGAAAUAAACCCUUUUCAGCAGAUUAGAUUAUUUUUUUAAUUACAAACUUCUUAGCUUUGUAAAACAGCCAAUUGUAUAUAUCCUUUACAAAACUGCAACUAUAUGUCUACAAGAAUUGUAAUAAACAUAACAGCAACCCUUGCAUUAUCCUCAA